AAAUUAUUUCUCCUACAGUUCUGACAUUUAAAAAAAAAAUUAAUGAUUCGAAAUCUGCAUAAUCAGAAGAUUUAAUGAUUCACUUAGUAAAAAAGAAGCACCUGACUAAGUUAUUUAACCGUCGAAUAAUUAUCUAUUUUUGGUAAAAAAGAAAAAGAAGAAAAAACCUAACUUAGUGAGAGUUGAAUCCAAGGAAUGCACCGAAAAUACAAAAUGUAAGAGGGGACCUAGAGCUACAAACAAUUUUUGGGUGGCAGCCUCCCGUUCAAGCCCAACCUCAAAGACUCGAGAAUAAUAACAAAAACCAAAAAAGGACAACAUUAAUGAGACGACCAAUGCCAAAGACAAUAGGUCAAGAAGACAGUGAAGGUAGCACACGUGGAAACCUUUCACUAGAUAAACCAGAUCGACCCCCUCGCAACAUUUCCUAGAAUACAUUAAUUUCCUCCCCAACAACCCCCAUACCUUAUAUAUUUAAUUCCCGUUGCCUUACUGUAAGCAUUUUUUGUUUGUUCAACAAAUAAACAGGAUAUAUAGAUAGAUUUUUCUUGUCUGGAAAGACAAACAUGUCUGAGAUGAACCUUGAAUCCUACCCUCCUGUUUUUCGGCAAGAAAACACAAUAAUAAGCCCUAAAACUACAACCCUUGUUCUUGAUGAUGGUGCUAAUAUCUGCGAAGAUUUUCAAGAACAUGAUCAUCAUGAUCCACUUCUUCCUCUCAUAGAUCUUCAGUGUCUCAAUCUUGAAAAGCUUGGAGAGGCUUGUAAGGAUUGGGGACUGUUCCGUUUAGUAAAUCAUGGAAUUCCAUCAACCCUUUUGAGCAAACUGGAAGAUCAUUCCAAGAAACUAUUUUCUCUUUCUUUUGAGUUAAAAAAGGAAGUGACCAGUGCUACUCCAUUGUCCUACUUUUGGGGUACCCCUGCCCUCACUUCAUCUGGAGCUAGUCCUUUGCAGAAUAUCAAUUGGGUUGAAGGUUUCAACGUUCCUCUCAGUCAACUUUCCCAGUUUCAAGCUGAAGAUCCCUUGAUUGAUUCUUUCAGACUUUUAUUAGAAGAAUAUGGAAGACACCUAGCAAGAAUUGCAACAACUAUAUUCGAAGCAAUGGCAAAAACCCUCAAUCUGAAUCUUGAUCAACUUGGAUCUUAUUUAUCAGAAUCGACAGGAAUUGUACGCGUUUAUCGGUACCCUCAAUGCUCCACAGCUAAUGAAACACUGGGCAUGGAAGCUCAUACGGACAGUUCAGUACUUUCUAUAUUAAACCCGGAACAAGUAGGCGGACUCGAACUUUUCAAGGAUGAUAAGUGGCUGCCAGUAGAGCCUAUUCCUGAUACACUGAUUCUCAACAUUGGAGAUAUGAUGCAGGCGAUAAGCGAUGAUGAAUACAAGAGUGUUAUGCACAGAGUUCAGGCAAACAAAGAUGAAGACAGAUUGUCAAUCUGCUAUUUCGUAUUCCCAGCUGCAGGGAGUGUGAUUCAAAGCUCAAAGUACAAGCCUUUUACAUACAAAGAUUUCCAAGAACAGGUGCAGCAAGAUAUCAAGACUGUUGGAUUUAAGGUUGGGCUUGAGAAGUUCAAGCAAAUGCAAACUGCAGAGCCUGCAAGCUGAGGCAGCAAAUGCGAAUGGUGAAUUAGAUUACAGAAAGUGAUGAUGAUGAAUGCCUCUUGCAAUGCAAAACAUGCGGGUGGAACGCCAGGUCCUUCUUGCUUUGUAAUGUAAAGAUUGAAGACACCACUUGUCUUCUUUCUUUCGUUUAAUUUGUUUCUAGAUUUUAAACAAUAGUGAACAUUUUUUCUGAAAAAAGGAAUUUUUUUUUUUAAAGAAAUAGUGCAUUCAUAAGUUAUUAUCACA